AUGGCCACCCCGACCAAGUUCAGUUUUUCCGUAAGGAGCAUCCUGGAUUUGCCAGAGCUGGAUGCGGAGGCAGCUCCGCGGUCCUCCCCGCUUUACUCCUCCUGCUCCUCCAGCUCGCCGUACAGCUCCUGGAUGGACUGCGACCGGAGUCCGUGCAUAUCUUCUGACGAAGGUAGUCUCGGGGCCUCCCCUGACUCGACCAAGCCGGAUGACUCGUCCCUGGACUCGGAGCCCGACAAGAGCAAGAAGAGCAAGAAGCGCCGCGUUCUGUUCUCCAAGGCCCAGACCCUGGAGCUGGAGAGGCGCUUCCGCCAGCAGCGCUACCUGUCCGGUCCGGAGAGGGAGCAGCUGGCCCGGCUCCUCAGCCUGACCCCGACCCAGGUGAAGAUCUGGUUCCAAAACCACCGCUACAAGAUGAAGAGAGGCCGGGCAGAGGGAGCGCUACACGACUUGGAGAUACUGCAGCCUCCGGUGCUGCGCCGGGUCGUUGUUCCGAUCCUGGUCCGGGAUGGGAAACCUUUUCACACCUGCUUACUUGACACGGAGAAAGCUGGCUGUUUACCUCAUUCUCAGGCGAUACCUUUCCCCUUAGCCUACCCGUCUCUGCAGCAGCCGUCCCCCGUCGCUCUUCCUCCAAGGUAUCACCAGCACUUUCCCACCGCGGCGGCCUCCAGAUUCGCCUGGAGGGACUUUUGGAGCGACUCAGUCCACUUUAACUCUUUCAAGUGA